GUCUCUACUUCUGGUCGCAAGGCAAACCAGGUGCACAGGUGCUCCGGAGAGCAGCUUUAAUAGACUUCUCUGCAUUGUUAUUAACGAUUAAAGUUACCGCAACACUUUUGCACUAGACUAGAUGGCAUUCUCAUUUUUUCCUCCUUUCUUCUCAUACUUCGGCAACGUUUAGUGAGAUCGUGGCAGUCAGGUGAAAACUGUGCGCUGGCUCUUUAAGGAGGUACCUGGCUAUCUACAGGGGGCCGAACCGCAGCUCUGCUGAACUGAAGUGCCCUAAGCCUUUUUUCUGUGGCAAGGAAAAAAACACGAAAAAAGCUAACGUCAGAAAGUAGAAAGGGACGCCGUGACAGCGCGAGGCGUGUGGCGGAAGAGUAAAGGGACAGUGAGCUGACCGUCGCUCCCACCCCCAUUGUGAAUGGUAGAGAUAAGAAAAGAAGAAGAAAAAAAACUUUAGAAGCAGCGGCUUGUUGAUCGGUGGCUCCGGAGCUUCUUUCGUGUACUUCCAGCCAUUGUGAAGAGGCGCGGAGGGCGCCCCAGCACUCCUAUUCGUGAUGCGGCGUUUAUUCUAAGAGCCACACGCAGGACACGGCAGACAAGACGUGCGAGGUUCGGCAGAGCAGGAAAUGAGAAACGCCGCGUGGGAAGACCCACUCUCCUGACCUAAACGCGGCGGUAUAACCGGAGAGAGGGAAACACCAUGGCCUCGAAGGAGCGCCUCUACGAGCUCUGGAUGCUUUACUUCACAACAAAAGACUUGAAUUAUCUACAGCAGUGGCUGGAAGUCUUUGUGAGUUCAUUUGAGAAAAUCAUUGAUGUAAACUCUCUGGAACCAAGACGCCCAGAGGAGUCGUCUUCAGAGAUUCCAUUACUCCCAAAAGAUGUAUUAAAUAUCCUGAGUAACCAGCUUGGUCACCGUGCCCAUCAGUUAACCGCUGGAGAAGAUGUUCAGAACAACAUUAAACAGUCACUGCUGCUUCUUAAGUUCCUCAUUAUCAUUUGCAGAAACCUUGAGAACAUUGAAGUUAACCAAACUCCAGGCUUUCUCUUUGAGACACUCAGGUUACUGAAAUUUUGCAUUGAUGAGCUGAAGAGGGUGGCAGAUAAUCAGUCAUUUUUGGAGACUGUGGUACUUUAUAGUUUACACCUUUGUGAGUGUGUCUAUGACCCUUAUCAGACAUGGAGGAGACAACUCAGUGGGGAGAUUGUGAGCACCCAGGAGCGGAACAAGUACAAGUUUUUACCUGCCUUGUUACCAGAGGAUUUCACUGCCUUUUUUCACGAAAGUUUCCAGAACAGUGAACAGCUGCCAGAGUUUCUAAGGCUGCGACUAGUGCAUCUAUAUGGGGCCGUUAUCAGUGGAAGCAAGACAAACGCAUUGGUGGCAAUUACAUCUUUGGCAGCAGAUGAUCUUCUUGGAAUUCUUGGCUCUUGGUGCAAUCCCAGUAACUUGGAACCCAGGGAUCCCCGGCUGCUUCAGUUGUCCCUGCAGUGCCUGAUUGCUAUGAUACACAUUCUCCAUGGCAGCAGCUUGGAUCAGCGACGAGUAGAAAUCAGGACAAUCCUUGACAGCUACUUCCGAGUUCUCAAUUCUGACUGGCCAGCCACUAUACUGGACACAGAGCAGAGAAAUACCCUGGAGGAACAGCUUGUAACACUUCGUACAAGUAUGCUGAAUGCUAUCCCUGAAAUGUUGAAUUGUGCAGACCGUCCAGUCCUUCAAGCCAUUUUCCUGAAUAACAACUGCUUUGAACACAUUCUAAGACUCAUUCAGAACAGUAAGCUUUAUCUGAACAGUAGAUGUAAAAAGGAAAGCGAUGGUGCCUGUGACCUCGCCACACAGUUACUGACAGAAAUUGAUAUUGACCAGGUACUUGAUAAGGGAUAUGACUGUAUUACUGCCCAUGCCAUACGGGUCCUCACUGCCAUCAUGAGUAGCUCUCCUUCGGCCAAGGAAGUAUUUAAGGAGAGAAUAGGUUACUCACACCUGUAUGAUGUCCUCCUAUGUCAGGGGCAGCCUUCCAGACAACUCCUCCAAGAGCUCAUGAACAUGGCCGUGGAAGGAGAUCAUUCUCAGGUUCCACUGGUCAACAUCAAAAAUGAACAACCUCUGCUCCUACUGGUUCAGUGGCUUCCAGAACUAACUUCAUGUGAUCUUCAGAUCAUUGUAUCUAGUUGGUUAAGUCAAGCGUGUGGGAGUUCAUUACAUGGACGUCUUACAGCAGUCAAAGCUGGACUUGUUGCUGCUGUCUUAGAAACACUGUCACACCAUCACCUUCUUAACAGGAAGUGCGCAGAUAAUUUGAUUAGUCUUCUCCAGUCUCUGGGGGCCAUUUCUCUUCGUCCAGAGGAACUGAAACGGCUUCUACUUCAACUCAAGCCACCUUCUGUUUCCCCAGAGGCCGCACAUCCAUACUGUGGCAGAGUGAUACGUGCGCUGUCAUCAAUGGCAGAUCGAGAUGAAAAGGCUAGUGCACUACAGUAUUUUGAUCUGAGUCACAGUAUGGCAGGUAUCAUGGUGCCCACUAUUCAACGCUGGCCUGGUAAUGGUUUUGCCUUUCAUGCAUGGCUAUGCCUCAGUGCAGAGCCUAAACAUCGUCAGGUUGCGCAGCGACUCAGAGGAGCACAGCUGCGCAGAAAACAGUUGUACAGCUUUUUCACUGGAAGUGGAACAGGGUUUGAGGCAUUCUUUACAACUGAUGGUAUGCUUGUGGUGGCAGUUUGCACCAAAAAGGACUACAUGACCAUUGCACUGUCUGACUUUACCUUCACUGAUUCCACUUGGCAUUCAGUUACCAUUGUUCACACUGCUGGACGCCGACCCUUUGGCCAGAAUGUCGUCAGUGUCUAUAUAGAUGGGAAGUUAAAUAUGUCUGCACAGUUGCGCUUUCCCUCGGUUGGUGAGUCCUUCACCUCAUGCUGUAUAGGUUCAGCUGGUCACCGAACAACUACAACCAGAAUUGCAUUAUGCUCCCCAGUACACACCCCUGAGCCCCUUUUCCUAAGUCAUGCACCACCACUAAGUCGCUCUCAGUCAUUCCCAGCUUCUGUCAUGGGCUCACCCAUGCAGAAUUCCCUUGUUCACAUCAUACCAGCUGGCAACCAGGACAUGGAAUGGGGAACCCCUACAUCAUUAGAAGGCAUGCUGGGAACAGCUUUUGUUUGCCAUGACACUCUACAGCCAUCACAGAUCAAAGCGCUGCAUUCUGCAGGUCCAAAUAAUGUGUAUCCAUUUAAAGCUGAUGGAGAGUUGGCAGAAGUAAUCAGCAAAGUUCUUCUUUAUUACACUCCAAAGGCUUGCAAAGACCACAUCUGCUAUGACUUGUCACUGAAUCACCAGUAUGAUGGCAGGCUGACUGGGCACAAAGUGACCAACUGGAAUGUCAAAGAUGUGAUUAACUGUGUUGGUGGUAUGGCAGUCCUUCUACCCUUGUUAGAGCAAAUGGCUUGGAAGAGUGAAGAUAUUGAAAGUUAUGAGGAAACCACUGAGUUGCUGGGACCUGAGCUGACUGCUUCACAGAACACCCCUGGCAUUCUUCUCCCACUAGGAAAACCCACAGAAGAAAGACUGGAAAAAAAUACUGUAGCAGCCUUCCUUCUAAUGGUGAAAAAUUUCCUGCGAAAUCACCCCAUUAACCAGGAAAGCUUGGUCCAAUGCCAUGGGCCUGCCAUCAUUGGAGCGCUUCUACAGAAAAUGCCAAGCACUCUACUGGAUAUGAAUGUACUUAUGGCCUGCCAGGUUCUGAUGGAGCAGGCAAGCAAUGAAGGGAACAGUAUGCUUCUGCAACAUCUCUACCAACACAUCCUCUUCGACUUCCGGAUCUGGAGCCAGAGUGACUUUGCUGUGCGCCUAGGGCAUAUUCAGAAUUUGUCAUCUGUUAUCAAAGACCACAAGCAGAGGAUCCGCAGGAAGUAUGGAGUACAGUACAUCCUCGAUUCCAUCAGGACUUACUAUGGGGCAGAGAAGGAAGGCACAGUACCCGCAGAUGAUGUCCGGACUGUGCAGACAUCCCUGUUCUCCCUGGUGAAAGAUUUCCUGCAAAAGGGGUUCACAAAUGAGGAGCUCCAGUUUGCCUUGUCGUAUGCAACUGCUGUGGGUGAUGAGCAGCAGGUGUGUGGGAUCUUGGAGGUGAUCCACAACUUGUUGCGGGGUAGUCCUUCAAAAGAACAAUUGUUUACAGUCCUUUUUGACACAGGAAACAUUGAGGCCCUCUACUCUCUUCUUCUGCAGAAGAAAUACAGUGACGAUUUACGAGAAAGAGUCUUCAAGAUCUUAUACAAAGUCUUGAAAUAUGACAAGGUCCCUGAGAGAAGUAAACAUCGUCUAAAACUGAAGGAUAUUGGCUAUCAGGGCCUUAUCUGCUACUUUAAUGAAAUUACUGUAUCCAUGUCUCUAAUCCGAUGUCUCUGUGAGCAGGUCCUUGCAGCAGAUAACAAUCCUAAUUACAGAGAUUUGCUUGCUGUUGUCUUUUUGUCCCAUCGGGCAGAUCUUACAGUCCGUCUGGACAUUUGUCGCAAGCUUUUCCACCUUAUUUACUCCAACCAUGAAAAUGUUCAUCAGUUGUCACGGCAGGCUAGCUGGCAGGACACUUUGACUAAGCUUUAUAUUAAAGAGUCAUAUGAGUCCAGGGCUGACAGUUUAUCAAGUUCUUUGGACCUUCGCAACCAAAAUGGAGUGCACUUAUGUCGUCAGGACUCUAACACACCAGAUCUACUAGAGGGCCAACAUGUUGUUAUGGGAGAUAUCACAGAUUCUGUCUUUUUGCCUUUCACCUUUGAGCACUCAGACAUUGACAUUUCUGAAGGUUUUUCUGAUCUCUCUCUUUCACCAAGCAACAAUUUUCCAUCAGGCAGACUGAAAUCGUAUGGAAACUCAAUGAAUUUUAAGUCCUUUGAUUCUCUGGACAGGGCUAGCCAUUCCUCUUCCAACACCAUUGACAUCCCAGGGACUGCUGAUUGUUGUCAGCAUCCUGAAGACGAUAGCCUCUACCAUCCUUUGUCACCUUUUGGAAUGUCUCCUUUUGAGUUGGGGCUGGAACUGGCCAGUAGUGGCUCCAUAGCUACAGUGGAAAGUGGCAACCAGACACCAGUCAGCCAGGUUGAUACCCCAUCACCUUUGGAGACCUUCAAACCCUUUCCUGGCAUGCAGGUGCGCAAGAGUUCUAGCCUCUCUAAUGUACUUGAUGAAAGCAGCUACCAAGAACCACUUCCUGGGGAUAACACAUCCAACACCAGCAACCCACAGCAAACUCCAGAAGAAGAAUUAUGUAAUCUAUUGACCAACAUUAUUUUCUCUGUGAUGUGGCGUGGGGUUGAAGGCAGUGAUGAUGCUGCCUGGAAAGAGCGAGGUCAGGUGUUCUCUGUCCUUACCAAGCUUGGCUCAUCCUGGGAGCUUAUAAGGCCUCCAGAUGAAAUUAAACGUAGCCUCCUUGAGAUGAUGCUGGAAUCGGCAUUUUCAGAUAUCAAAGACAACUCAACACCUGUUUUGCUUAGUAACGCUCAGAAUGUUAUAAAGCUACUUCGUCUUCUUCAGGAUUUCCUCUUUGCUGAAGGCCACAGCAACCAGGCUCUGUGGAGUGAAAAGAUUUUCGAAGGUGUUGUUAAUCUGUUGGAUAAGAUGCAAGCGUGGUAUUUCCCUGUGAAUGGUACAAAUGACUCAAGGGAGAUGGCCCAGAUUGGCUUGCGCAUCAUAACAGGUUACAUCCAGCAACAGAAUUCCCAGAUUUGUGCAAUGGCUUGUGUAAAGCUGCACAGCCUAUUACAGACUGUUCUUUCACUGCACAAGGAAGAAGUGUGUUUUCUCCUGGGCCGGCUCAGUGGUCCUUUAAGUCAGUCACUGACUGGCGGCCGAACAGAUACUUUUACCUACCUAGUUCCCAUUGUGAGGACGCUACUGGACCAGCACUUUGAGCUGUUAGACCUUCAGCAUCUGUUACCAUCUCUUCCACCCACAAAUGGCAGCACCACCUUUUUUGAAGAUCUUCAGCAUUACUGUACCACUCAGGAGUGGCAAAGCUUUAUUGAGAAACAUAUUCAUCCCGCUGUGUCUUAUUACGAACUUGAGACGUUUGGCAGAAGCCAUGAUCUUAUGUCGAAUUUCUGGAACUCUUGUUUUGACGCAUUAAUGAGCAGCUCUCUUCGUAGAGAAAAGGAGCGUGAAGAGAGCAAGUUAAAGUUUCAGGAGCUCUUUGUGGAUACCUACUUGAAGAAGAUGCGUAGUGAGAAUCUGCGCUAUUCGAAUAUGUUGAAGCAAGUCAACAGCCAUCACAUUACUGUAUUUCACCAGUGGAAAUCUAUCCAACGUCUUGUUUCUUGUGAAAGGGGUGCCAGGGCUGAACGUCCCCAACUUGAAAAGAAAUGGAAGUUAUCAAGUGCUGAGACCUACUCCAAAAUGAGGCUUAAACUUGUGCCUAAUUACAACUUUGACUCACAUGCUGAUGCCAGUGCUCUAAGAGACAACAUGGGAGCUGACAACCUACAUAGUCAUACAGACACUAUCCCCCUUGCUGUGGCCAAAGAAGCUAAAGUCAGAGAUAUGGCGGAUGACCAGCUAGAAGAAGAAGAUCUUGUCUUUUUAGACAACCAAGUGGAGGUUGAUGAGCAAAACCAGAAAGAGAAACUGGUUAUUUCUGAAGAUUGUGAACUCAUUACCAUUGUGGCUGUGAUACAGGGUCGACUUGAGGUCACCACACAUCACAUCUAUUUUUAUGAUGGAAGUCCAGAGAAAGAAGAAACUGAGGAAGGCAUUGGUUAUGAUUUCAAACGGCCCUUAUCACAGCUGAGAGAAGUACACCUGCGUCGUUACAAUUUGCGCCGAUCAGCCCUGGAGUUUUUCUUCAUUGACCAGGCUCAUUACUUCAUCAACUUCAGAACCAAGGUAAGAAACAAAGUGUACACUCGGAUUUUGGGUCUUCGUCCCUCUAACUUGUUUUAUUUUGGAUCUCGCUCCCCACAAGAACUGCUAAAGGCCUCUGGUCUCACACAGAAAUGGGUUUUCAGAGAAAUAUCAAAUUUUGAAUAUCUAAUGCAGCUAAACACUAUUGCAGGCAGAACCUACAAUGACCUCUCACAGUACCCCGUGUUUCCUUGGAUUCUGUGUGACUACAGUUCAGAUACACUUGAUCUGGACAACCCUUCUGUCUUCCGGGAUCUUUCCAAGCCUAUAGGUGUUGUCAACAGUCGGCACGCCAAGGAAGUUAAAGAAAAGUACGAGAGUUUUGAGGACCCUACUGGUAUGACUGACAAGUUCCACUAUGGAACACACUAUUCCAACUCUGCUGGAGUCAUACACUAUAUGAUCAGGGCAGAGCCUUUCACCACCUUACACAUUCAGCUGCAGAGUGGAAGGUUUGACUGUGCAGACAGACAGUUCCACUCCAUUCAGGCUGCUUGGCAAGCUCGCAUGGAAAAUCCAGUUGAUGUGAAAGAGCUAAUUCCUGAAUUCUUCUAUUUUCCAGAGUUCUUAAAAAACAUGAAUGAUUUUGAUCUUGGAUGCCUUCAAAUGUCUCAGGACAAGGUGAACAAUGUUGUCUUACCGAAAUGGGCCGACUCCCCAGAAGACUUCAUCCGAAAACACAGAAAUGCUCUUGAGUCAGAAUAUGUUUCUGCUCAUUUACAUGAAUGGAUUGACCUUAUUUUUGGCUACAAGCAAAGGGGACCAGAUGCAGUUGAAGCUCUAAAUGUCUUCUACUACUGCACAUAUGAAGGUGCGGUUGAUUUGGAUGCCAUUGCAGAUGAGACAGAAAGGAAAGCUUUGGAAGGGAUGAUCAGCAAUUUUGGCCAGACUCCCUGUCAGUUACUAAAGGAGCCUCACCCAAAACGGCUAACUGCAGAGAAUGCUGCGCGGCGACAGGCUCGCCAUGACACCAUUCCUCCCAAUCUCUUUGAUAAUCUGUCCCAGCUGAAGGCUUUCGUUGAGUGUAUUGUUGAUGGUGUUCCCUUGGUACAAGCUGUAGUCCCAAAGAACCAGGCACGAACAUUCAUGACUCAGAGUUAUCAUGAUAUUCUGGUCACAGUUUGUGCAAAUGGCUUGAUUGGCACUCAUAGUUGGCAGUCCUAUGAUAAAAAUAUUGCUAACUAUUUCAGCUUCAACCGGGACCCAACCAUCUCCAAUCCAAAGACUCAGCGGUUUUUGAGUGGGCCUUUCUCACCUAGCGUAGAAUUGUCUUCUAAGAUCUUGGUAGUCUCACAUGAUGGAAAGCUUCUCUUCAGUGGAGGACACUGGGAUAACAGCUUGCGGGUGACAUCACUUAGCAAAGGAAAAGUUAUUGGACAGAUUUCUCGCCAUAUUGACAUUGUAACCUGCCUCGCUAUUGAUCUGUUUGGAAUUUACCUCAUCUCUGGAUCUCGAGACACCACUUGCAUGGUCUGGCAAGUCCAGCAGCAGGGUGGAUUUGCCAGUGGUCUUGCUCCCAAGCCAGUUCAAGUUCUUUAUGGACAUGAUGAUGAAGUAACAUGUGUCGCAAUCAGUACAGAGUUGGACAUGGCAGUCUCAGGUUCAAAGGAUGGCACACUUAUUAUGCACAGUGUGCGCCGGGGGCAGUUCAUGCGCACGCUGCGUCCUCCAGUUGAGAGUAGCUUGCCAGUCUUGAUUUCCAAUGUGGCUAUAGCAGUGGAGGGACAGAUAGUCACUCAAACCAUCAUUGAGGGGAGAGCAGCCAUUAAGGAUAAGAAUCGCCUUCAUCUCUACUCCGUAAAUGGGCAGCUGCUGGCCUCAGUGCCAUCAGAGGAGCAGGCGACCUCUCUUUGUUUGUCCCAGGAGCAUGUAAUCCUGGGUACUGCUCAAGGUUCUUUACACAUUAGGGAUUUGUACAGCCUAAAAGCAGUUAUCAGUCCACUGCCACUGAAGCUCCCAGUCCAUAGUGUUUCCCUAACAAAGGAGCACAGCCACAUCCUUGUUGGACUAGCAGAUGGAAAGCUUAUUGUUGUUGGAGCAGGAAAGCCAUCAGAGGUGAAAUCUGGACAGUUCACCAGGAGACUGUGGGGAUCCACUCGGCGAAUUUCUCAGGUAUCUUCAGGGGAGACAGAAUACAACCCAACAGAGUCUGCUGAAAAAUAAGACUGAAGAUGGUCUUAUAAGGUGAAGAUUACUGAUUGGUAUAAGUAAGCUCUCUGUGAAGAUUACUGAUCGUCUGCAUAACUAUGGCAGACCCACACUGGACGGCAGUCUGCAUUCCACACACAGGACUGUUGAAUGAAUUACAACUUGCCAACCCAAGACAAGACCUGAAACAGGAGAGUUCCAUUUGAUCACUUAAUUCUGUUUUUAAUUGUUUCUUUUUUAUUGACACUUUCCUAAAUGCACUUUUACAUUUCUUCAUAACAAUAUUUAAUCACAUUUUAAAUCUGUAUCUAAUUGAACGGUGAAAUGUGGAAUCACUGCAAUGAAGAUAUUAACUCUGAAUAUGCAAAAAUACAACAGAAGACAAAACUGCUAAAGAGGACAGAAGCUGAUGCAGUCGGAGGACGCCAUGAAAACUUUUUUUUUCUUUUUUUUUAUUCACAGAGAUGCCUUCAUGCUGUGUAUGAACAUAUUCUCUAACUUCUUGAUUAGCCUGCACAAGUGAAUACUGUACAGAUUAUGAGAGCUAAUCAUUUCUGUUGUCCAAAGCCUGUGGGUCUGGUGCUCCUUGUCUUUGUUGUGGAGUAGGAGAGCUUCACUUUUAUACCUGAAUAUUAUGAAGUUACUUUGGGAGAGCAGGUCCUGCACUAAAGUAAGCUUUAGAAACCAAAACAGACAAGGCAGAAAGAGGACUGAAAAAAAGAACUAAGAAAACUGCUGGCAACAUAAGCACCUGUGCCUUGUUUUUGUAUCUUCUGUGUCACCUUGACACUGUAGGUCCACCUCACACGGACCUUUUAUGAAAGUCAAAUUUCUUGCUGCUAGUGUAAGGUGUGAUUUUUUUUGGGGGGGGGGGGGGGGGGGGGCACUGUGGAGCAGGGUUUUGCUGUAAUGGGAAGGCUUCAGACAUGGUGGGAAGCCACUGGAUGUAAUGUCCCUUCAGUUUGUCCUCAUUUUACACUGGGACUAAAUUUAAAUGUUGUCUGCAGGUUUUCUGAGGUUUGGUGAAUUUAAAAGCUACUGCCUGGUACUGAUGUCAGCACAUUUGGAGUGUUUGGUUCUUUAAGAUGGUAGCUGCUUAUUGCUGUGUAUGUCAGGAAAUGAUUAAGACAAUACUUUGCACUACUGUCCUUUUAUGUUACUGAAUUUGCAUUGCUACAAAUCCCAUUGGACUUGCAUACUUACUGGGUGACCCUGGUACACUUUGUAACUCUGGUGAUAAAGAAACCUCAUCAUACCUGGCAGCAGGUGAUCUUUCAAGUACACACAAUAAUCACUUAUGCCCUGUCCAUAAGGCUCCAGAAGCCCAUAUAGCCCAAUUGGAGUAAGUGGGCUCAUUGAUAGGUGGGUGUAUGGUCCAGUAUGUCAUUCAGCUGAGUAAAUGUUGAAAGCUCUUUUUGAUUCUCCCAGUGUUUUUGCCAAAGAAAAGUCCUUUUUUUAUUAUUAUUUUGCUAAUGUGAAUCGCACCCAGCAAUAAUACUCCAUGUUCUUUCUUCUGCCCACAGUAUUCAGGCUAUUUCAAAUGACUUUCUGGGAGUCUGUGACCUAGUAAUCUUUCUGGCCUAGAGUGAGCUAGAGCCAUUGAGCAUCUGUCUGCGGGCUUUAUGGAGCACAUGUGCAACCAAAAAAUACAUGGAGAGAAUAAAAUCAUUUUAUGCCUAAUCAAUUCCUCUCCUAUGCAGAGAGCUUACUCAAAUUUUAGUUGGAGUCAUUCAUCAGCUGCAGGUCAGCACUUGUAGCAAAGUGCAGCAGAAUUCUUCUUUCCAUGUAUUUUUUUUACUCGGUUUCUGUGGAAGGAGAAUGUCUGGAGGUAAUCUAAAUCCUUGUCUUGUUAUAACUGCCAUAUUUGUCGCAUCAUUUUACUGACCAAGUGGGGUUUUUUCACUCAAUUUUGAAGAUUUUUUGCCCAGCCACGUAAGGUUCUUGCUAGUGAAUCAUACAUCAAGCCAGCAGUCAACACGGUCCAAAGUAAAAAACUUAAAUAACUAAAUAAAUAGAGACAGGCAGACAUGUCCAAGUCAGUACAAUUCAGGAUGAACUGCCAUUUUUAGAUGAUGCAAUUUGUGUGCAAUAACAAACAAUGCAUUAUAGGGUCCUUAUGCUAUAAAAUAUAUAGAGAGCACAACAAAGGGAUUUAUCUGAAGGUUUGCAGCACUGAUGGUUGUUUCAGGUUUGUGUUUUUUCCCCUUUCUUAAAACUAGAUAUGUUGUUUAAAUAUAUGAAAGGUUAAAAAAUGGUUUUAUAAGUGAUCUGAGCACCAAAUGUUUUUAACAACAAGUGGUUUUCACAUACGCCUGCUCAGUGUAGUCACAAUAAAAAGGAAUGUAUGUGAAUGGUUUAAGGGCACCACCUGGUGGAAGGUUUUAGUAAA